UCUGGUCGACGAUGGCUUUCGUGGGAAUUCUCUGUUUGUUACUGAUGUUUCAGCUUGAGAUUGUUCUUUCUUGGUCGAGCCCGCCUUUCUACGACACAGAGAUUGCUCUGACGUCUUCUGUUGAUAGUUUUACCUCUUGGACAAUCUACAACGAUUGUCUAAGUACAGAUAUACGUGUGAUGCUGGUCUGCAUUUUAGUAAUUAUGAUAUCCUUGUUACUACCGAAACUGAGCGGUAGGGUAUUGCGAAAGAAGGAAAAAAUAAGCUCAACAAGUGACCUUGACGAAACAGUGGCUUUGCUGGAGUGUGGUUUUCCAGAAGCUUCAUUUUCUGAGACUUACAAAGACAAAAUGAUGAAGCAGUUGCGUCAUGGAUGUGGAGAGCUGAUCGACGAUAAUAGUUGUUGGGCUGUUUUCUCAGAUGGUGCAGACAUAAGAGGUGACCAUGAAGGAAACUCUGCCCGUCUUUCUCUUACGUCUCUUAGUCCUCCAAGGUAUUCUACGCAUAGUCGCAGUCUUUCUGAGUUCAAAUUACGUCACGAUGCUUUGCAAAGUUCAGGGUAUUCUCCUGAUUGCGCAACAUCAGGUGAAGGAACUUGCAAGACUAGGAGCAGUUCGGAUUCAAUGCCUACUCAAUGUGCAAGGAUUUUGAAUUGGAUCUGUGUAUCAAGAACAAAGGACAUCCUUUCUGGUAUUUUGGGUGGAAUAGAAUUUUUACCUCAUACACCAGCGUGCUCAUCAGAAGUUACUCUUGUUCAAGUGGUUGGCUUUCCGGAAGGUUCAGGGACUCGGUGGAUUUGCACUGCCGUUGUUACAUGUCUCAGCACUAUUACUUCAAUUCUUCGUAGUGCUACAUCUUCUGCUGCUAUUUUUCUGUUACCGGAGAAUGAGCUAAUUGAUAAUGUCGCAUUUCCAAGUUGGAUGUCAGACCUCUGUGCUAUACUGUUGGAUUCUGGACUCAAGUGUAGACUGAUCCAAUCAUUCAAUGCUAAGUCAACUAGACCUAUAACUUAUAUGAUUAGUAUCCAGGAUGGUGACUGUGUUGCGGCUGAAAUGAAAACGGUUACAACACUUAGGUGGUCUCUUCAGGACAAGUUAGGUUUGACUAUGUUGAAUGAAGAAAUAUGGCAUUGGAAAAAAGGAUCAAAGCUGCUAUCAUUGACAUUACCAAAUCAAAAUUUGGUAGAAACUUUAAGAAAUUUAGCUAUUUGUGAAUUCUCUGACUGUGAGUGGCUAGAAUUAGAGAAUAUCAUUCGAUUGAGGAAAUGCUCUUACAGUAAAGACAUGACAGUUCAUGAGUUGAUUGGUUUGAUCAAAAAGAAGAAGGCAGAUGCUAAUACAUAUGCAGUUGUCACUCAUUUUCAGCAGCAAGGGUUACUUUUGUGCUUCCUUUCCAGUGAUACGAUACUAAAAAAUGUAGAAGUAUCUGAUGGUAGUGGACAUCCACAGCUCUCUCUGCAAACGUCAACUCAGUUUGGGCUUUCAAGCCUUGACGACUCAGGCUUUUCUCAAGGCUCAGGACUUUCUUCUGUAUUUGUAACUAUUCAUCCAGAAUCAUUUGUGUCCCUUGCGACAAAGUGUUGCGAUGAUUGUCAUUUUAUUGACGUGGAAGUCAAUAGCACUCUCAUUUCUGCUGCCCGCCGACACGGGCUUCUUCCUAAAGACAACGUAAUGAAAGUUUUGCAAAGUAGAUCUCCUGCUGGCCUCUCUUAUUCUUUGCAUGUCUCGGGGACUCUCUUGGAUCCAGCAUUGUGUCAAUGCAGCAGUCAUUGUCAGCAGUCGUUACCUAAUUGUAUGUCAAUGAAGGAUUGUUAUGGCCAUCAAGCAUUCUAUCUGUUUCCAUCAGCUCUGAAGUUGCAGGCACUACCUGCAUUGUAUGGUUAUAGGAGUAUCAGCUCACUGGCAUUUAGAUCUCCUGGUGUAGUAAGAGUGGAUAUUCCAUUGCUUGUAUAUUACUAUGUUGUUGUUCAUCUGAUUAAGCAUUUUCCGGACGUGAAGUCUUGUGCCAAGCGAAGUUUUCGGUUUCAAGUCUACCCACAUCACUUGCUGGAUGUUGAAUACCAUGACUACUAUAUUAGUAUUGUAGUACAAGUGGUAAAAGGGAAAGACAAUUAUUCGCUAACUGCUGAAAUAUGUAAAAAUAUAAGGACAAGAAUAUCUUCGUAUCUUCAGGCAACUGUCGCUCUUUACGAAUCAUUCAGUGGACUUUCUUUUGUGCCUUGCGUUUUGCUGUCAAACCAGUCUGAACCACAUAAUGCUGACUUUGUUUCUUUACCUAAUGUUAGACCAUCAACCUCAUCAGCCGUGUUUCUCUCUACUGGUGGAUUGGAGAUGCUGAUGCCAGAAGAUUUGUGUUUUUGGUAUGGUGAAACAAUUCAGAAGACUAGUUUGAUUCAGACGAAAUUUGUUGAAUAUUCUGAAAAGAUUGAUGCUUAUCAAGCUGCUAGUUUUCUAUACUCUAGAGAGUUAUUAACUAAAUCAGACUUGGACACAAUUUUGACCUCGGAUGAAAAUACUCAAGCUGGUAAAUUGUUGAGAAUUCUUGAAGGAAAGACUAGCAUUGAUGAUGAUACAAAAGAGAGUAUUCUUGCAAACGGCGACCUACACUUAAAGAAGAAAAAUUACGUGCAAGUAAAUAUGGGCGGAAUGAGAAUACAAGGUAAAUCCGACGACCGUUCGUUUCAGUUUACGCCCGGUGAAGAUCAGACGCCAACUUUGCCAUCAGCUUUUCAAUCAUCUUUCUAUGAGCAACAAAUCUCUAAAAAUUCACCUCAACAUUCAGAUAGAGUCGAUGCAAGAUUGAAGACUAUGAAUGUCAAACCAGUACAAUGCUCAGGUUUACAUAAUGUAGAGGAAUCUUCAAUUGAUCCAUCUUUAGCAGUCGUUUCCAGAGGACGCAUAGGGAGUACACAGGAUGAGAUGAUUUCCCGCCAUGUUCCACCAUCAUGUCAAAAGGCUUUAGCACCUGUUUCGCCUUCUUUGAUACCAACACAAAAAAACGUGGAACCGGACCUUAGUCGCUCAUCUGGGCUAGGUCUUGAAGGUGAAACUAUGGAAUUGGUGUUUCAUUUGGCGUCAGACGCUGUUCAACAAUCAGUGCCAUCUCCAGCAAUUGCAUCUUUAGAUAAAGAAGAACCUGAGAUUCACCCUAUUUAUGAGAGCAAAUACUACCAUGUUCAGCGAGCUACUGACAGUUUCAAUGACAGACCAGUCAAAGAAGGAGGUAAACGAUUAGGAGUUGGGUCAUUUGGGAUGGUGUUUCUUGGAAUGCUGCACUCAGAAACAGGACAGAAGUACACCGUCGCAGUGAAACGUUUUAAAAAGGCUUCCAGCUUAAAUCCAACUCAGACAAAGUUGAGUCGCAAGCAGUUUGGUGUAGAGAUGAACAUUUUGACACGAUAUGUUCACCCAAAUGUUGUUCGUCUACUUGGUUUUUCAAGUGAUGGUCCAGAAUUGUGCCUAAUCUAUGAGUACAUGGAACGAGGUGCUCUAUCACAUAGAUUGGACUGCAAGGACAAAACCGAGCCCCUUAGUUGGCGAGUUCGACUGACAAUUGCUCGGGAUAUUGCUACUGCUUUGAACUUUUUGCACAACAGAUACAAAUCACCUGUUGUGCAUCGUGAUGUCAAGUCAGCUAAUGUGCUUAUUGGGAAGGAAUUUGAUGCUAAGUUGAGUGAUUUCGGCUUGGCAGUUGUAAUGGAUACUGAAAGUAUUCAUAGUCUGUCAGGGAUAAAAUCUGUUGGGACGCACCCAUAUAUGUCUCCAGAAGCAAUUGAGGGUGUCUUAUUGCCAGCAGUAGAUGUUUAUGGUUUUGGAAUGAUAUUGUAUGAAUUAGCUACUGGUUUGCCACCGUAUUCCAGCAAGAAGAAACAAAAUUUGAAAGACUACAUGGAAGACGUCAGUCGACAGAAUGUUGACCUUGCAAAGAUGCUGGACCCAAGGGCAAGGUGGCCAAAGGAGAGAGAUAGGGUAGUUGUGAACAAGAACGUUGGACUUGAAUUACUAAAUGUGGCGCACAAUGCAACAACCAGAGAUUACAACCGAAGACCAAACGUUGACAAAGUUGCUGGCCUACUGAAACCUCUUGUAGACAUGACAAACUGAUUCUCAUGGCUGAACGAACACGAAUUGUAGUAUUCCAACAAUCAACCAACUAUAAUGGAAGAAAACUUGACAUUAAUCUCUACGGUACAGUGUAGAACGAAAUUUCCAUAGUAUUAGCAAACGCAGUUGUGUUGGUGUUGGUUUGAUAAUUGAUAGCGAAUGAAUGCUGUCUUUUUUAUAAAUGUAUAGUUUUUGUUAUAUUGUGUUCGGAAAGACGCGACGUUGGUAACGGAUCGACGCACUGUAGGCAUCCUUUUUUUGGCGGGAUUGAAAUACGGUAAAAAUAUAUUACAAGCUGUG